GCUUGUGUCCUGUCUUAUUGACUCCAAAAGAUUUGCUUCGAAAAUGGAAAACGUGUUAAACUGAAUUUGAUCAUCACUCCAAAAAUAGUUUCUCGAGGAAUCAUCAUGAGCAGCAGUAGCGAGAGAGUUCCGUGCGACUUCUGCAACGAGCGAGCGGCGGUUCUGUUCUGCAGAGCCGACGCAGCGAAGCUCUGUUUACCCUGCGACCGCCACGUGCACACCGCGAAUCUCCUCUCCAAGAAGCACGUGCGGUCUCAGAUCUGCGAUAACUGCGGCAGCGAGCCGGUCUCCGUGCGGUGCUUCACCGACAGCCUCGUCCUGUGUCAGGAGUGCGACUGGGAUGUUCACGGGAGCUGUUCCGUCUCCGACGCUCACGUCCGCUCCGUUGUCGAAGGGUUCACCGGUUGUCCUUCGGCGUUGGAGCUUGGAGCGUUGUGGGGGAUCGAUCUUGAAGGGAGGAAGGAGGAAGAGAAGCAAGUGCCGGUGACGAUGGAGAGUUUUGGGAUGGAGUUGGAUUCGUGGAUCUCUGGAUCUGACGUUUUGCAGGAGCUGGUGGUUCCUGUUCCCAAGAAAGGUGGAUCUAGCUGCGGGAGGUAUAAGCAGGUGUUGGGUAAACAGCUUGAGGAGCUGCUCAGGAGUGGUGGUGGUGGUGUUGAUGAUGGUGAGUGUGAUGGAGAAGCGGGAGAAGAAGGGAAUAUGGUUCCGGAGAUGCAGGAGAGAUUGGGAUGGAGAAGAGAUGAAGAGGAGAUCAGUGGUGGUGGAGAAGUGAACCAGCAGCCUCAAACGACGUCGUUUACAGCUUUGCUGUGGAAUGCUGCUAAUACUAGUGAUGGCCAGAGACAGAGUACUCAGAUUUGGGAUUUUAACUUGGGAAAGUCAAGAGAACCCGAGGACAGUAGCAGAAUGAAAGCUGCUUAUGUUACAAACGAUGCUGCUUCAUUCAAAAUCAACAGCUUUGUUGAAGUCAAGAAGAAUGAUACUUGUUCCACUAAAGCCAAAGGUGUUAAAGAGAUUUUCCAGGAUGACUACAAUCAAUCUACUUCAGGGCAGGUAUUAACGUGUGAGAGCAACAAUCUUCCUAUUACCUUCGGCUCCGAGAAAGGUUCAAACUCCUCCAGUGAAUUAAAUUUCACUGAAAACAUUGGUGGAACUAGUUGUAAGAGUACAAGACGAGUGGCAACCAAGGCUGAUCUGGAGCGGCUGGCUCAGAACAGAGACAAUGCAAUGCAGCGUUACAAAGAAAAGAGGAAAACACGGAGAUAUGAUAAGACCAUAAGGUAUGAAUCGAGGAAAGCAAGAGCUGAUACAAGGUUGCGUGUCAAAGGCAGAUUUGUGAAAGCUACUGAAGCCCCUUAUCCUUAGGUUUCCUAUUAGCUUAGGGACUUUUAUUUCUACUUCCUCUGCCUCCUCGUAAAUGUAUAUAAGAUCGGUCUCGUUUCUUUUGCGUUUGUUUGUAUGUCCCUCUUUAUGUACCUUGGAAACUUCUCUAGUUGGAAAAGGAUUGUUUCUUAAACUAGAUGUGUACUGUUUCCUGGUCAUUGACUGGUCUAAAGAUGUUUGGUUAAACA